AUUUAUUAGAAUAAAUGCUUCGAACACACGCGAUCUAAAUACCUUUUGUGUUUAUUAUACCUUACCUACCUAGGUAUAAAAAGAGUACUUACGUAGAUUUUCUUUUAUUAACUGUUUUAUACGAAGAUCUUGAUCUCUCAAAUUAGCAUCCAUUUUACUUCCAGUGAUUAUCAACUAAAUUAAUAAUCCACAAAGUAUUAAAUAACGUUUUUAUGAAAUAUUUAGCACAAAAACAAUACCCUUUAAAUAUCGAUCGUCAGUAACUGUGGCUGACUUACCUAUAUUCUAGCAAGCAGGACUGCCAGAUGUGAAGGGGAAAUCCCCAAUAAAUUGUUGCAUGUGACUGAUGAUGUGAGCAUGUUCGUUUCAUAAUAAAAAUGUUGCCAGGUAACCAAAAAGUCGUAUGUUUUUGUGCGAAUUACGAUCAUAAUCUUUACGAUCGUACAUUAAAAAAUAGACAAAUAAUAGUAUGAGUACGAUUUAAAUCGUAUAUCUGUCAACCCUGCUAGCAAGACAGCGACAAAAUCACGUUGCAUAACAAUGUAGCCCAAGCUUAUAUCUUAUGAAAUAUACGGAAGAGAUACGGACUUAGAAAAAACAGAAAUGUUGUUCUUUGUGGAAGUCAUUGAUGAAAUUCUAUGUAUUUUAGCCCGCAAACUUUCUUCAAACAAAAACAGCGCCAUCUAGUAUCGAGUUCUGUAAUUAUCUCUUUGUUUAUGGAUUUGAAGUAAGACCGCCACGCAUGCAAUACAUUAUGACUGGGGAUUUCCCUAUUCGUCGACGCUGAAUAUGAGGCGACGACAAUCACUGUCAAACGUGUUCACUAUUACUCUGACUCUGGUAACGUGACUUCCUGGUAACGUGUUAGGUAGGAAAAGCAGUAAAAAAGUGCAUAUUAAGGGAGCAGAUUUGAAAUAAUAUUUAUACUUAACAAGAAAUAAUUAAAGGUUCAAUGGGGAGACCUAAAGAUUUACGCAUAUGGGAGCACUACCGUACUUUACCAAACAAGUCUGUUUCUUGCAAGCUUUGUAAUAAGGUCUACAAAUUCAGUAAUGCUGCCAAAAUGCUUCAACAUCUUAUCACUUGUCCAAAAUCUCCAGAAACAUUAAAAGACUCUAUGAAACUUAUAAAAGAUAGCUCGUCCAAAACCAAAAUGUCUGGACUGUCAGAGAUAGAGACAAAUGAUUCUUUUAUAAGCCCCUCGUCGUCUGCUAACACUACAAUAAAUGCUGAGUUUCAAGACACCGAUGAUCAUAUAAAAACAGAAUUAGCGAGAGCUAUAUUUGUAACAGGGACGCCAUUAUCGAUGGUGCAACAUCCUUUAUGGAUACAAUUUUUCGAAAAAUUGCAACCAAAAUUUAAAAUACCUUCACGUAAAGCUUUAGCGACAAAAUACUUAGAUAAAAUAUAUAGAGAAAUGCGUUUUGAGUUAAAUGAGGAACUAAAUGCUUGUAGUUACUUACACCUUCAGUGCGAUGGCUGGUCUAAUUUAAGAAAUGAAGGAAUAAUAAACUUUCUUAUAUCAAAACCUCAACCUGCAUACGUUAAAAGUUUGAAUACAGAAAGUAAUCCUCACACUAGUGAAUACCUUAGCCAAGAAGUUGAAAAAGUAAUGAAAGUGUAUGGAGCAAAUAAGUUUCUUGUACUUAUUGGCGAUAACGCUAGAAAUAUACAAAAGGCAUUCGAAUUAACAAAACUCAAAUAUCCACAUGUUGUUCCUCUCGGUUGCUGUGCACAUAUCCUUAACUUGUUGUGCCAAGAUAUUGUAAAGAUACAUAACUGUGUUUAUUAUGCAAGCCAUAAAUAUAAUAAAAACUGUUAAAAGGAGUCAACGAUUAAGUUCCUUGUUGAUAAAAUCAAGGCAGGGUGAAGAUUCUACACAAACACUAAAAUUGCCUUGUGCUACAAGAUGGGUAAGUCAUGUUACUUCGUUAAAAAGUUUGAAAGCAAAUAAGAUAGCUUUGCAAAUAUUAACAGUUAGAGAAGAUGUGGUAAUUUCAAGAGAUAUUAAAGAUUUAAUUCUAAGUGAUGAUUUCUGGA